AGGAAGGAAGGGAAGGAGGGAGGAAGGGUAGAAGGAAGGAAGGAAGGAAGGAAGGAAAGACGGAAGGGAGGGAGGAAGGGUGGAAAGAAGGAAGGAAGGGUGGAGGGAAGGAAGGAAGGAAGGAAGGAAGGGUGGAAGCAAGGAAGGAAGGGAGGGAGGGAGGAAGGAAGAAGAAGGAAGGAAGGAAGGAAGGAAGGAAGGCAGGGUGGAAGGAAGGAGGAAAGGGAGGGAGAGAAGAAGGGUGGAAAGAAGGAAGGAAGGAGAGAAGGAAGGAGAGAACGAAGGGUGGAAAGAAGAAAGGAGGGAAAGAAGGAAGGGUGGAAAGAAGGAAGGAAGGAAGGGAGGGAGGGAGGAAGGGUAGAAGGAAGGGAGGGAGGGAGGAAGGGUGGAAAGACGAAAGGAAUGAAAGAAGGAAGGGUGGAAAGAAGGAAGAGUAGAACGAAGGGAGGGAGGGAGGAAGGGUAGAGGGAAGGAAGGGAGGGAGGAAGGGUAGAAGGAAGGAAGGAAGGGAGGAAGGGUAGAAAGAAGGAAGGGAGGGAGGAAGGGUGGAAGGAAGGAAGGGAGGGAGGAAGGGUAGAAGGAAGGAAGGGAGGGAGGAAGGGUGGAAGGAAGGAAGGGAGGGAGGAAGGGUAGAAGGAAGGAAGGAAGGGAGGAAGGGUAGAAAGAAGGAAGGGAGGGAGGAAGGGUGGAAGGAAGGAAGGGAGGGAGGAAGGGUAGAGGGAAGGAAGGGAGGGAGGAAGGGUAGAAGGAAGGAAGGAAGGAAGGGAGGAAGGGUAGAAAGAAGGAAGGGAGGGAGGAAGGGUGGAAGGAAGGAAGGGAGGGAGGAAGGGUAGAGGGAAGGAAGGGAGGGAGGAAGGGUGGAAGGAAGGAAGGGAGGGAGGAAGGGUAGAAGGAAGGAAGGAAGGGAGGAAGGGUAGAAAGAAGGAAGGGAGGGAGGAAGGGUGGAAGGAAGGAAGGGAGGGAGGAAGGGUAGAGGGAAGGAAGGGAGGGAGGAAGGGUGGAAGGAAGGAAGGGAGGGAGGAAGGGUAGAAGGAAGGAAGGAAGGGAGGAAGGGUAGAAAGAAGGAAGGGAGGGAGGAAGGGUGGAAGGAAGGAAGGAAGGGAGGGAGGAAGGGUGGAAGGAAGGAAGGA